AUGUACCCCGCACAGGCGAACAAGGCUCUCAAGCUUCAACAUGCAGCUUUUCCAUCAUCUGUUUUCCCUCCACCAACGCCAUAUUUCGGCGUCGGACACGCGUAUGCCGUCAAUAUGGCAACUGUCAAUCACACCAACCCCGCGCAGCUCCCCCUCGACCAGCAGCUCACGCAUCUCCGCGCCGUCCUCUCCACCAACAAGACGCUCGUCACAGUCCUCGAGCGCGUCGCGACCCUAAACCUACCAAACUGGUAUCUGGCAGCCGGCGCCGUGUCCCAAACGAUAUGGAACCACGUGUCGGGGAUGGCGCCGCCCGACACGGGCAUCUCCGACUACGACGUCGUCUACCACGACGGCGGCGACCUCUCGUGGGACGCCGAGGACGCGCACAUACAAAGGGCCAAGGCGCUGUUUGCUGACAUGCCCGAGGUGGAGAUUGAGAUACGCAACCAGGCGCGCGUCCAUCUGUGGUACGAGAACAAGUACGGGGUACAGUGCGCGCCGCACGAGAGUGUCGAGGCGGGGAUCGACUCUUGGAUCUCGACGACGGCCAUGAUUGGGAUACGGCUGAACGAGGAUGGAGGCUCGUGGUCGGUUUAUGCUCCUAGGGGCUUGUCAGACUAUUUCAAAAUGGUUGCGAGGCCGAAUACGGUGCUGGGGCUCAAGAAAGACUACGACAAGAAGGCGGCGCGAUGGAAGAGGAUAUGGCCCAAGCUCACAGUUGAGCCGUGGCCAACAAACUGA